AUGGCCAGUAAUAUUCAAAACAGGACGUUUGAAUUCCAGCAGUGCAUAUCGUCUUUUGACAAACUAAAUAAAAAGAAUAAUGUGGGCCGAAAUCCAUCGCAAACAACGCCGGCGAGGAAAACUCAGUUCAGUCAACAGGCCAGUAUAAUCGCCAAAGAUAUUGCCCAUACCACCGAGCUUUUGAGUAAGCUCGCGUUGCUCGCCAAGCGUAAACCACUUUUUGACGAUAAACCCAUCGAGAUCGGAGAACUCACGUAUGUUAUCAAACAGGACAUUUUCAAGAUCGAAGAAAACAUUACCUUGCUCCAGAAAUACGCUAAGGGAGAGUCGUCGAUCCAAAUAGACACACAGGUGACACAGUACUCGAAGAACGUGUUGAACUUGUUGAACUCGAAGAUGAAGAACAUCAGCGGCGAGUUUAAGAACGUGUUGGAGAUCCGCCAGAAGAACGAACUCAUGAACAAGAAUAGAACAGAACAUUUCUUAUCGGCCGCCACAAACAACCGUACUAGCAACAACCACUCGCCGUUGACCAACCUCUCGCCUCAGCUGUCAAACAACAACAAUUUAUCGGGGUUGGGCGAAAACCCGUACCUCAUGCAAGCACAGAGUAACGGGCAGGCCCAGACGACAUACGACCCAGAUUUGGACCAAGAUGCAUACUCAAACUACAACAACGGCGAAUUCUUGUCGAUUCCCGACCAAACAAGACAGUUGUUGCUCAUGGAAGAACAAGGAAACCAGUACUUACAGGAGAGAAAUUCUGCUGUGGAAACUAUAGAAUCUACUAUCAACGAAGUGGGGAACCUCUUUCAACAAUUAGCAUCGAUGGUCAGCGAACAGGGUGAGGUCAUCCAGAGAAUCGACCUGAACGUCGAGGACAUCAACAUGAACAUCUCCGGAGCCCAGAGAGAACUAUUGAAGUAUUAUGCUCACAUUUCGAGUAACAGAUGGUUAUUCUUGAAGAUCUUCGGUGUGUUGAUAAUGUUCUUUUUGAUAUGGGUCCUAGUUAGCUAA